UCCCAUAUACUGCCUAAAUCAUCCCUGUCUCAAUGCAAACCGACCGAAUAUAAAUGUACGCAUAUAUUUAUACAUAUAUAAAUAAAUACAUACGAUCAGUUUGCAAAAUAGAAUUAGUUCGUUCGUGGUAGAGAUCAAUUAAAUUUUAAUUUACUGAAGAUGAAUUAUGGAUUUAAAGAACAACCGAGGGGCUUCGCAACAAAAGCUAUCCAUGUCGGCCAGGAACCGGAGCAAUGGAAGAGUUUAUGUGUAGUUCCGCAAAUAUCUCUAAGUACAACUUUUAAACAGGAUGGUCCAGGAGAGCAUAGAGGCUUCGAAUAUUCACGAAGCGGAAAUCCCACAAGAAAUGUACUAGAAAAAUGUUUAGCUUCUUUAGACAAUGCUAAAUAUGGUUUAACAUUUGCCUCGGGAUUGGGUGCGACCACAACAGUUUUGACUAUGUUGUCUAGCGGAGAUCACAUUGUAGUUGGAGAUGAUGUCUACGGUGGCACCAAUCGUUUGAUAAGGCAAGUUGGCACUAGACUGGGUAUUGAUGUUACUUUUGCCGACCCGUGUAAUCUGGACGAAUUUUCUAAAGCCAUUAAACCAAAUACUAAAUUAGUUUGGGUCGAAACACCAACAAAUCCAUUAACGAAAGUAGCCGAUAUUAGAGCAUUAAGCGCUAUCGUUCAUAAUAAGGGCGACAUCAUUUUGGCUAUCGAUAACACAUUUUUAACAUCGUAUUUUCAGCGUCCGCUUGAGUUGGGCGCAGAUCUAGUUUGUUACUCUUUAACUAAAUACAUGAACGGUCACAGCGAUGUCGUUAUGGGUGCUGUAACAAUGAAUUCAGAAAACUUGUACGAUCGGCUCAAAUUUCUUCAAAACGCUGUGGGGAUUGUACCUUCACCUUUUGAUUGUUAUCAAGUAAAUCGUUCCUUGAAAACUUUAGCCUUACGCAUGGAACAACAUCAGAAGAAUGCGAUUGCUGUUGCAAAGUUUUUAGAAAGCCACGAAUUCGUUGAAAAAGUGUUGCAUCCAGGAUUGCCGUCACAUCCCCACCAUCAACUUGCUCUAAAACAGACUUACGGUUACAGUGGCGUGUUUUCUUUUUACCUUAAAGGUGGUCUGAACAAUGCGAAGGCUUUCCUAAAGGCUGUUCAUGUUUUUACUUUAGCCGAGAGUCUCGGAGGUUAUGAAAGUCUAGCUGAACUACCAGCAAUAAUGACACACGCUUCCGUUCCUGCCGAAGAUCGCAAGAAACUUGGUAUAACUGACUCUUUAAUUCGAUUAUCAGUUGGUCUGGAAGACAUUGAAGAUUUGAUAGCCGACUUGGAACAGGCUUUAGACGUGGCAAAAAAGUUCUAAAAAUUAUGAAAUUGGAAAAUCUUAUCAUUCCGUUUCUAAUAGCCUGAAAUCCGUAUGAAAGACCCCGUAAGCUAUGUACAUACAUUGUAAUAAAUAUUAUUUGGAAAGAAUUUUGUUUUUACUUUAAAAGGAAAUUGAGAACUUUUUGCUUUUCACCAUAAAAGAUUUGUCGUAGAAUGUGCAUCAGCGAUCUUACACCAUUCAUUUUUGGUCAAUGUAAGACAACUUAUCUAUGACGGUGACUAGUUUUCAUAGCAACACCCAUUCAAUUUAAGUUUAAAACUUGGCACAUCCAUGACCGCGCUACAACCUCGAAAGUUAACACGAUGUUUUCAUAGGAAGCGAAAGCUCUUAAUAUUUUACAGAUCCAUGUAAGAUUGGGCGUAAGGAGG